UCAACAGAAAAUAAUCGCAUUCGCCAGCUCACGGCUGUCAUUUUUCUGCAGUCAGGUGAGUGAUUGUAUAAAUACCAUAUAAAUUCCCCACUUUAGAAACUCUAGGAAGACUUGAGUGCAAGCUUUGGGCGUAGUGGUUUUUGGGAUCAUUUGGGUGGACAAGCGUUAGUUUUGGUUGGGAUGGUAUUCAAGGCAACUGUUAACCAAUCAUAAGAAUCGCUUUUCCACCUGAACAAUCCCAAAAAUCGUUGCGCCGAAAGCUUUGAACCAUUCCCCUAGUAUAGUUUUUGGAGUGGGGAAUAGUAAUGUCUUACAUACCUGCAGCUACAGUAAGAUGAAAAUAACUUAAAGUUUCGUUUGGUAAACACUGCAAUUGUUGGAACGCGUUUAAACUAAUUUUAGUCCUACAGAAGAUCAUACGGGGAAAUGUCGGCUAUUUAACGUAAAAAAUUAAGGCGGGCAUGGCUUGAAUUAUAUCGGCAAUGAUCACCUCUAGAGAAAUGAAAAGUAUGCCUUCAAUAUGAACUAAGAUAAAUGAUCGUUUGUCUAACGACACUUAAAAACUGUAAAGUUCCUUCUGCCAUGUUUCAUUCUGUGAAAAAAUCUUUAAGGAAAUUUUGUCACGCCCCCAUUUCAAGCUUUACACUUUUUUUGAUUUGGCUCAUAUCUCAGUUUUGAUUCUCUUAUUCCCUUAACGGCUUUUUCCUGCUCUUCUCACGGUCUGACUUCAAAAAGGGGGCCAAUUUAUAUCUUACUGCACCCUUCUGCUUAGGUUAGUGCCGCCCGUUUUUUUUUACAAGACGUUCCCUCACAAGGGUUAUUGAAAUUUGUAAUGAUAACCUUUUUUCUUCGUUGAAGUGUUACGAGGAUGCUUAGCCCGAAGAAGAGUCCAGAGAAUUCGAGAAAAAGGUUACGGACAAGAAACAGCCACCAUGUUUUUUCUACUCCAGGUUAGGAAAAAUAUAGCAGCUAUUUUC